AUGGCGACGAUCGAUGAAUUGUUACACGAUACUUUGAAAAAAUUUAAAAUUGACAAGUUUAAACCAGAGCAAAGAAUAAUAUUUGAUGCGAUAUGGUCAGGUAAAGACUGUGUUGGAGUUCUCCCGACAGGUUUUGGGAAAUCUCUGCCAUACCAAGUGUUAUCUUUGGUAGAGCGAAAGUGGAAUGGCAGCCGGACAGUACCGUCACCAAAGAUAAUUGUAUGCUGUCCUCUUAUUUCAUUAAUGAUGGACCAGGUCGGGCGACUAAGAGAAAUACCUGACGUAUCAGCAUUUUAUUUAGGUGAAAGUGAAGAAAGUGAUUUGCUGAUAAAGGAGGAGAAGUUUGACUAUCUGUUUGGUUCACCAGAGCAUCUGGUUGGUGAUGAUUCAUGGAGAAAUGUUAUAAAGACCUUCAACUUUUUGUUAUUUGAAAUACUAUUUGUUUCUUUCAGGGGUGAAGAUGACACAGGUAAAGUAUUCAGGAAGUGGUUCAGUCACUUAGGGGAGCUCAGAUCUUUCUUCCCUUCAGCUUCUAUAUUGGCACUUAGUGCAACAUGUAAAAAGUCUCAUUACAAAAAGCUCAAUAGUUACAAAAAAGUUAUGAAAACACUAAACAUGAAAGGAGAUACAGUUAUUGUGAAAGUGUCUCCUAACAGAUCAAAUAUUAAAAUCAUAGUACAUAAAGUCAUUAGCAUUGAAAAUGAUUUCUUAAAAGUUGUUGAUGCUCUCCAGGAAAACAUGAUGCCUAGAACAUUAAUCUACUGUUCCUCAAUUAAAGAUGUUUCACUUAUUUAUAACUACCUUACCAGUGAAGCAAUAAACACCUUAACAUUUAUUGGCAUGUAUCAUUCUGAAACACCAAGUAAAAACAAAGAAGAAAUACUGGACAGAUUAAAGGAACACAACAGCAACUUUGUAAUAAUUGCUACAAAUGCUUUGGGCAUGGGCAUUGACAUAGUAAACUGUAACAAUGUGAUUAUUUAUGGGGCUCCCUAUACAGUCACCGAUUUCUGGCAACAAGUUGGACGCAUUGGUCGUGACGGUUCCAAUUCAACUGCCAUCCUUGCCUAUAAUUCAUAUCAUUUAAGAUCAGCUGAUGAAGAUGUCAAAAUGAUUUUCAAAACAAAAAGCUGCAGACGCAUGUCUGCAAUAUCUGAAUUUCUAACAAAGAAGGAACGAAAGAUUUUACGAAAUAAAACAGGCAACCAUCUGUGCUGUGAUUUCUGUGAGAAAUCGUGCACAUGUGGUAAAUGCUCAUCAACUUCACUGGAAAAAUUGUUCAUGUCAAAUAACAAUGACACAGAAGAUGAAAACUUAACUGACAAUAGCAGUACAAUUUCAUAUGAAUAUUCUGAUCCAGAAUAUGAUUUCAGUGACUGGGAGAUGGAGGAACUGUCAAUAUACUGAACUUUGUUCUGGGUUUCAGGCCAUUUUUCAACAGUAAUUCAGUUAUGUAACAGUGGGCAGUGAAGGCAUCAGUAAUUCGGUCAAAAAUAUGCUUCUGUGGUAUAGCCAAAAUAAGUCCAAAGUAAAUAAAAUAUAUGCUCAUUUUCAGAAUUUUGUGUACAUAGA